AUGCCAGCUGCAAGUUGGAAAUUCCCCACCAUGCAGCAGAGGUUUCGAGAUAGGUAUGAAGAAGGUGACCCAGAGUUUCCGGUGGUCAACUCUUUCAUCUUGUUUGCAAAGAAGUCUGGAGGAAAAUGUAUACUCCCAAGAGAGCAUCUUCGAGUCCUAAGGAUCAGCCUACUAGGAAACAACGGAAGGGAGGAACCCGGUUCGGGGGACCCUUGUUGCUUUUCUUGCCACAUUGAAUGUGCCCUCCUAAGCGAGAAGGUGGGAGUUGUUAAUCUUGGACAGUUGAUGCAGCUGGAUGGAGGCUAUUGCUGUGCUUCCUGUGGCAGGGUUUCUGGGAUAAUUUGGGAAGAUCUCAAGGCUGGCAUGGGUCAAGAACAAAUCUGUGGUGGAGAUAUUAGAAAAUGUUCCGGGGAUCCUAAUUUUCUUAAGCCAGAUACUGUACUUGAAGACAGGUUGUCAUCCAUUCCAAGGGUGAUUGACUUGAAUGUUUCUCCAGUGCCCUAUCUGAACGAAGAGUUUACACCUCCUGUUGAGUCAUCUAGAAACAACUGGAACAGUUCUAAACCGUAA